AUGAGCUCGCCAGGCAUGACUCGCAAGCGACCGGCGCCGGGCACAACCCCAGCUGUUUCCCCUCAGAUGGCAGGUGUCCCAAACUACGCCAACCCUAGUGCCUCGCUCUCCAACGACCAAUUCUUGCAAUGGGGAUCAGACCCUUCAAACGUCAUCAACACCUCCUCACUCCACGAUCCCCCGGCGUACAAUCAACAGGGAUUCGCGACAUCCCAAGAUUUAUCCGCGACCGCAUCGAACCAGCUCGCUCGUCGCCAACAGCCCAGUCAACAGCUCGUGAGUCGAAACCGUGGAUACGAGCAAGCACCGACGGUAUACCCAGAUCACAACACCACCGUCGGACCGCCCGGUGAAUCAGGCGCAUGGGGAGAGUCUCUGGAGGAACUGUAUCAGAAAGCCCAGGUGGCAAAGAGAGAGGCGCAAGCCAAAAGGAAACAGAUCCCUCCUUUUGUGCAAAAACUGAGCAGUUUCUUGGAUGAGUCCAAAAAUACGGAAUUGAUUCGGUGGUCGGAUGACGGUAAUUCUUUCAUUGUGCUUGACGAGGAUGAGUUUGCGAGGACAUUGAUCCCAGAGCUCUUCAAGCACAACAACUAUGCAUCAUUCGUUCGACAACUGAAUAUGUACGGCUUUCACAAGAAAGUGGGGCUCUCGGACAACUCGAUGCGCGCUAGUGAGAGAAAGAAUAAGAGCCCAAGCGAAUAUGCAAACCCCUUCUUCAAGCGAGGUCAUCCAGACCUGCUGUGGUUGAUUUCGAAGCCAAAAAAUGCGGCCGGCCACGCGAGCAAAUCGAGUAAAGGCGGUACGCGGGUCAAGACUGAAGACGCAGAUGAAAAUGAUCUUGACGAUUUUGGAGAAGAGGGCGGGCAGAUCUCUCGCGACGAACGAGGACGGCCAAACCAGUUGUCCCUCCGGACAGACAACGCUUUGCCCAAAGAUCAACUGGCCGGAGUCUAUCGAGAGUUGCAGGUCAUUCGUGCCCAGCAAUCAGUAAUUUCCGGUACUAUCACCAGGCUGCGAAAGGAGCACGAGCAGCUGUACUCCCAAGCAGCCAAUUUCCAGGAGCAACAUACGCGCCAUGAGAAUUCGAUCAACGCUAUUCUCACUUUCUUGGCGACUGUCUACAACCGAAGCCUCCAAGGGCAAGAUGGGACGCAGAAUAUCGCCAACUCUUUCGCCGGUGCCAUCUCCGGGGAUCAAGGGAACAUUGUCGAUGUGGAUGACUUCUCGCUUAAUCACCUAGCGAACAUGGCAAGUCCUACGACUCAACGAACGAUGAAGAAGCAGCCCCUCCUUCUCAAAGCGCCCCCUAUCACCGACGAAGCUAACCGAGCAACGACCCUUUCGCCUGCCAGCGGCCAUUACGAUACUCGGUCUCGUAGUCAUACUCGCCAACCCAGCGCGACUCAGCCUGGUCAUGUGGAGGAAGUCCUGGACAACAGCCCACGACAAAAUGCAUCCACAAUCCCUCCAGGACAUCAGGGCGACGAGCAAGACCCCCAGAGAGAUAUCAUGUCGGUCAUCCAUAAUUCCAAUGCCCGAAACGGGAUUUCUACCAACUUUUCCGAUUUUCCGAAUGUCCUUUCAUCGCUCGAGACCUCGGGUGGCAAUGUUCCGCUCACGCAACACCAGCGCGAGGACAUGCUACGGCUCAUGGGCAAUGAGAUCAACACGGCCAACCCAACCGGCCAAAGCUCUCACAACAAUGCCCUCACUUCCCCUAAUCCGCCACCGAUGCCACCGAACUACUCCGGCCGUCUUGCGAGCACUCGGAAGGAGAUCGAUGACUUGGUGAAAAUGCAAGCCGAACAGGAUCGCUCUGUUCAGAAUCUGACCAACCUGCUCCAACCGCUCAGCCCCAAUGGUACCAUUCCCGGGCUAGGUGACGGUGAUGGCAAUGUUCCUCCUCCCCCGCUUGAUCUCGAUCAAAUCUUCAACAACGACUACUUCACCGAUAUUGGAGAUGCGGACAACGACAAGAAAUUCAAUCUAGACGAGAAUGGAAAUGUGCCGGGUACGGGAACCCACACGCAUGAUCAUUUGGGCAAUCCUCCCGUACCUGACGACGGAGACGCCAACGAUUUGUUUGACUUUGACCACCUCCCCAACGAGGCUGAUCUCUUUGAUAGCACCAACCAGGGCCACUCGGGCUACAAUUAUGGCUUCGAUGGGGGCUUUGAUGGUGGUGAUUCUGCCGCCGGCCACAAUGCGGACUCGGGUCGUGUUGUCGAGCAGUUGACGGAUAGUGAGGCCACGAGUCCUGCCGCCGCGGAUGAACACGCCGAUGGCCCAAUCGACGGCGGCAGUGCCAAGCGACGCAGGAGGGCAUAG